UCUCCAUUUUCUUUGUCGCUUUGUUGCGCCCGUGUGGUAUUUGAAAAUUCUGUGAUCACAAAUCGACUAAUUACGCAGAGAAAAUGGAGAUGUCCUUGAAUCCCGUGCGCGUGCUCAAGAAUGAGGCGCAGGAGGAGAAGGCCGAGAUGGCCCGUCUGUCCUCGUUCAUUGGUGCCAUCGCCAUUGGUGAUCUGGUAAAGAGCACGCUGGGUCCGAAGGGUAUGGACAAGAUCCUGGUGGCCACCGGACGCAACGCCGGUCAUGUUGAGGUGACCAACGAUGGUGCCACCAUUCUGCGUGCCGUCGGUGUAGACAAUCCGGCCGCCAAGAUUCUGGUCGAUAUGUCGCGUGUGCAGGACGAGGAAGUGGGCGAUGGCACCACCUCGGUCACCGUUCUGGCAUCGGAACUGCUGCGCGAGGCGGAGAAACUAGUCGAACAGAAGCUGCACCCACAGAUCAUCGUCUCUGGCUGGCGUCAGGCCACCCAGGUGGCACUGGAGGCGCUCACCGCCGCCGCUCAGGACAACUCGUCCAGUGACGAGAAGUUCCGCAACGACCUGCUGAACAUUGCCCGCACCACGCUCUCCUCGAAGAUCCUGCACCAGCACAAAGACUUCUUCGCCAAUCUGGCGGUGGAUGCUGUGAUGCGUCUGAAGGGCUCCGGCGAGCUCAAGUCCAUACAGAUCAUCAAGAAAUCGGGCGGCACACUGGGAGACUCGUUCCUGGACGAGGGCUUCCUGCUGGACAAGAAGCCCGGCGUGCACCAGCCACAGCGUAUUGAGAAUGCCAGAAUCCUGAUUGCCAACACGCCCAUGGACACCGAUAAGAUUAAGGUGUUCGGCAGCAGCAUCAAGGUCGAUUCGCUGGCCAAGAUCGCCGACCUGGAGAUGGCCGAGAAGGAGAAGAUGAAGGAAAAGGUGGACAAGAUCCUGAAGCACAAGUGCAACGUGUUCAUCAACCGGCAAUUGAUCUACAACUAUCCGGAGCAGCUGUUUGCCGAUGCCCGUGUAAUGUCCAUCGAGCAUGCCGAUUUCGAUGGCAUCGAGCGUCUGGCGUAUUGCACCGGCGGCGAGAUUGUCUCCACCUUUGAGAAUCCCUCGCUGGUGAAGCUUGGCGAAUGCGAUGUCAUCGAACAGGUGAUGAUCGGCGAGGAUACGCUGUUGCGUUUUAGCGGCGUUAAGCUGGGCGAGGCCUGCACCAUCGUGAUCCGCGGUGCUACCCAACAGAUUCUGGACGAGGCUGAUCGUUCCCUGCACGACGCCCUCUGCGUGCUGGCGGCCACCGUCAAGGAGUCGCGCAUCAUUUUCGGUGGCGGCUGCUCCGAGGCUCUAAUGGCCACCGCCGUGCUGAAGAAGGCAGCCGAGACACCCGGCAAGGAGGCCAUCGCUAUCGAGGCCUUUGCCCGCGCUCUGCUGUCCCUGCCCACGGCCAUUGCCGACAAUGCUGGCUACGAUUCAGCCCAACUGGUUUCGGAGCUGCGUGCCGGCCACGCCCAGGGCAAACAGACUCUGGGUCUGGACAUGGAGCUGGGCAAGGUGGCCGAUGUCCGUGAACUGGGCAUCACCGAGUCGUUCGCCGUUAAGCGCCAAGUUCUGAUGUCCGCCUCGGAGGCUGCCGAGAUGAUCUUGCGCGUGGACAACAUCAUCCGUUGCGCUCCACGCCGACGCGUUCCCGACAGGGGCUACUGCUAGGCGCUUAAGUAUUCUUGUUCUAGGAUCAUAUUUUUUUUAAUUAUGAACUCUCGUUUAACAUCAUCGCUAACCUUACACGUUCUGUUUACUACACUAAUAAUCCACACACAACACAUUAGCAAUUAUAUCACACGUCCCACUCUCAAAGUCGCACAAUUUCUCGCUAAAUUUGUCCCUGUCGUGUAAUCCUUCUACUUAAUUGUGAAACAAAUUGAUAUGAUGUUGCAAGCUGAGCUUUUGAUUCGAGGAUGAGUGCUGCGAUCAAACCAAAACAUUUCAAAAAUGUCUAAAACUCCAUCAAACCGACAACUAAACGAACUUGUAAAUGAAUACAAUUGUUGUAAACAUUUGAUGUGCGCAAAUUGAAGACCAUUAAACAGAAAAAAAAAAGGAAUAAAUGAUAAAUCAUAUAUUUAUGCUUAACAAAACU